AUGAUUUACUACUAUACCUACUAUACCUAUUACAGAGGUAGAGAAGAGGAGGAGGAGGAGGAGGAGGAGGAGGAGGAGGAGGGAGAAGAGGAGGGAGAAGAGGAGGGAGAAGAGGAGGAGGAAGAGGAAGAGGAGGAGGAAGAGGAGGAGGAAGGAAGACCGAAAAAAAGGGUAAAGAAUUAG